AUGAUGGCCAAAGUAGUGAUAGCCCCAAUCGCUUCGUGGCCCAAUUUUGUUCAACUCCUACCCCCUGGCGGCAAACCCCACGACAUUAUGGGAAUGCAGACCAAACGUGUGAUAUCGACGGCUUCAGACUUCGGUGGACGACUUGCCACGGCUUCCUGUGGUUGUCGGCAUGCAGGAGUGCUUGAGUCUAGACGUGUAUGUGCCUGUGUAUCCUACUCGGCCCGAUGGCUGGGUACCGGUAGAAUACGCCUUCGUCAGGCCGGCGGUACGGUAUGUCGAUUUCCCGAUGCCUGCGUAUAA